UCGAAUAUGUAUCCGCAAAUUACACACUCCCGAAUUUUGUCAAAAAUAAAAAUUACAAAAAAUAAUUUGGGUUUCCUAUUUCUUCAAAUUCAUGUGAAUUGAGGGAUAAUUCUCAUGAUAUAAAGGAUAAUUGUACAUUAUGGAUCAAGAAGAACAGUCAUCGAGAAGUGACGUAUUUGUGAAGAGCUUGGCCAACAUAGUUGAUAGAGAAGAUAUACACAGAAUGGUUGAGGCACAGAAACAUAUGUUGCUAAGAUUUGAGAAAACCAAUGAGAUGUUGCUUAACUUCAAUGCAUUGUCAGUGAAUCGUUGUAACGCAACAACAGCUGAAUUUAAUCGCCACACACAACUUUUGUGCCAUAUGAAGAAAGAACUGGACUCUGUAUUCUUGCGUAUAAGAAAUAUAAAGAGCAAGCUGUCAACUGAAUAUCCAGAGGCAUUUAAAGCAUGUCGUGGUGGUGUAAUCAAUGAGGAAGAUGAAUUAGUGCAAUCACCAGGUUCACAACCAAAGAAGUCAUUCCAGACACAGCCCCAGCGUAAUAAAUCCAUGGAACAAUUAAAACAACAACAUUCCAUGACUAAUGAACACACUUCUGUAAAUAAUGUAACUCCUCCUACUAAUAAAGAACAGUGUGUUGUAAAUGAGGAACAGGCUCCUAUGAAUGUUGUGAAGUCAAGUGCAAUGAACAACAGUAAGACAGACUCUAAACUGGAAAAAGACGCUAUUAUGGAGGAAAAUAUGAAGGAUACUACCAAUCUAUGUGAACCAAAGCAUGGGAAUAAGAGUGAAAAAGAAAGUUGAUAAAAUGUCUCAAUAU